AUGGCUACACACAACUUCAAGGUCCUGAUAGCAGGCGGCAGUAUAGCUGGACUUGUCCUUGCCAUCACUUUGGAAAAACUUGGCAUCGACUUCCUGGUCCUCGAAGCUCACCCGGAGAUCGCUCCUCAAGUUGGAGCAAGCAUCGGCUUCUUCCCCAACGGAUGUCGCAUUCUCGACCAAAUUGGUUGCUAUGAUGACCUGCAGGCGAGGCUCGACAAGGGGGGGAUGGUAGAUCUUCAUUUCAAGUCUCCAAAAGGCGUUGAUCUCGACAAGGUCGAGUUGGCUCGCGAGCACUUCAUUGCAAGACAUGGCUACGAGCCGGUGUUUGUUGACCGUCAAAUGGCUCUCGAAGUGUUCUACGACCAUCUCCGCGACAAAUCCAAAGUCCUAUUGGACAAGCGGGUGCUACAGGUUACUCCUUUAGAAACCGGCGUGCAGGUUACUACCAAAGAUGGUUCGACGUACACAGGAGACAUUCUUGUUGGUGCAGACGGUAUCCACAGCACAGUCAGGAAAGAGAUGUGGCGUCUUGGCGAUAAACUUUCCCCUGCCUACUUCCCUAAAUCGGAUCAGACGGACGUGCCCUGCGACUACACCUGCAUGUUCGGUAUAUCCAGUUCUGUUCCAGGCUUCGCCAGAUUUUCGUCGCAUUCUGUGGCUGGUCACAACCACAGCUAUUUGGUUGUUGAUGGCCCGGAAGGUCGUAUCUACUGGUUCCUCUUCGUUAAAAACGAAAAGACGCUGCAUGGCAUGGAAAACGAAAUUCCACGCCGUUUCAGCGAGGAAGAGAAGAAAGCUGUCGCAGAGAAAUUCUGGAAUGACCCGAUUGUAGAGAAUGUCACCUUCGGAGAUCUCUACAAGAACAACUACUCCGCCAUUCUGACAGCGCUUCCGGAGUUUGUCUUCAGCAAGUUUUUCUUUCAAAGGAUCAUCACUAUCGGUGAUGCAGCGCACAAAUUCAAUCCCAUCUCAGGUCAAGGAGGCAACAGUGCGAUCGAGAGCGCAGCUACCCUUGCUACCGAACUCGUUACCAUGCUCAAGGCACUACCAGAGAAAUCGAAGCCUUCGGAUGCAGACAUAACUGCAGCGUUCCAGAAAACCCAAGACCGCCGCCGCGAUCGAUUGGUGGGAAUGGUGGAUGCUGGACACAAGCAGCAGAGCCUGAUGGCUUUGGAAACACCUUUGCUUGAAUUUCUGGUAAACCAUGUGGUCCCACUCGGAGGCAUGGAAGGAACAUUCGAGCAUUUCGCCACCGGAGCACUUCCCGGAGAGCGCUUACCUAUGUUUCCCAUGCCCAAAAGGCCCCGAUUUGAGCCGUAUCAUGACGAACGCCCAGCGAAACUACUGGGCGGCGGGCAAAUUUCAAAGGCAAUUGCCGCUUCUAUCUUCGCCAUUCUCCUCGUUGUCGCCAAGAAAGCCAUGUGGCUGGACUUCGACCUCCUUGCAAACUAUACGGCUUUUGAUGGCGCCCCAUUGAAGGCUGUGUACACGGGUCUGCCGGCAAUCGAUGACAUUCUCAAGUUAAUUGUGGCAAGCUUUAGCGACUCCUGUACCGGGCCAGACCCGGCCCAUCCACUGCAAUUCCUGUACCUGCUCAGUACCUUUUUCCCAUUCAUCCUGAUUUGGACCAUCGAGAGCUAUCGUCGUGCAAACACUCUCACAUUGGUCUCCCUUCCCUUCAUUUUUGGCCUAGUCUCCCAAAUUCAAGGCAUCGGCGUCAUCGCCCCUCUUUACUUCCUCCUCUCCGUCUGGACCACCUCUCGCACGCUCUAUACCCGAGCCGUCGGCCGCUCCGUCCCCACAGCCGUCGCGCACACCAUUCUCCCGGCGGCACUGCUCGGCUAUGUUGUCCCAACCAUCUUGAUGUUCCUUCCCUACGGCGACACGAACACCCUGCAAUCCCUGAUCGCCUUUUGGCAGCCCUCGCCGCUCUGGGUUAGCGCCUUGACCUACGCUGGAAAGCGGGUCAUCGAGGCGGUCAGCAAGCCGACACCGUUCGACAUGUACGCGAAGGCGGACGUACAGCCACUGCGGCGCGCGUACGGCGUUGCGUUUUGGAUGUGCGCCACUGUGCAUGUUGUGGUUGUGGCGUAUGUGGCACUGUCGUCACUGCCGUCGGUCGCCUUUGCCAAUGUCUUUGGCAGCUUACCGAAUCCGCUGAACGUCCGGUCGGCACCGUCGUUCGAGGAGCAUCUGUUCGUGUUCUUGAAGUUUGACUUUGCAUUCUCCGCGUCGGCGGCGAUGCUUUGGUGUUUGUAUAGUGUGUGGGAGCUGCGGAGGAAUGGAUGGGCGACGACAAAGGAGGCGCUCGUGGCAGCGGUGGCGGUGCUGGGUGGACAGGUCCUGGUUGGGCCUGCGGCAGUAUUUGCGGGGUUGUGGUGGUGGAGGGAGGGUGCUUGGGCAAGAGAGGCGAAGUUGGAAGGGAGAGGCGAUGAGUGA